CAGCGCUGUGUAUGGGUCUUGUAAUAAAUCGUUCGUUGUUCAUAUGCCACUUGAAACUAUAUUAGAAGGGGAGGCUCUCCGAUCUAGCUUGUCUCUUGGAGAUGCUGCGUUGCCUCUUUACGUGAUGGUCAACGACUUUCAGAACGGCAGAUGUUGGAUUCCUCACAUUGAGAAAGACACGUACUGUCGUAGUCUCCGCAGAAGACUGCGGCGCGAAGUUGCAUCUCUAGACAAAGUCCGGACUGUAAAGUACUACCAGUUCCCUCAACGCCCAAUCACGAGAGGUGCUCUGAAUGUCACCCCGGUCGAGGAUGAGGAUCAGACGGACGUGUUCAUGUUCCGGACCAACACCAGACUAUCCUUCAAACCCUUCGUGAACAGUGGCAGUCAGCGGCACAGCAGACACGGCGAUCACCAUCCGACAGGCAAACCCUACUACAACUACAAGGAGACACAAGAGAAGGUUUGCAAGCAGCAGAGUAAAGUACAAAGGCUAGAUUUAAUGGGAAGUCCAGUGGUAGACCAGAACUAUCAGUCUUUUAGACCCGGGAAUUAUCUCACAGUUAACAGACGGCUGCGAGGAAAACCCUCCAGGUACUCUAUGACGUCGCAAAGCUCUUACAAUCACCUCCAACAUAUUCAACACAUGAACUCGUUAUAUUAAGGAGUUUAUACUGAAAUACAAUGGAAAGUAAACUUCUGAACAUCGAUUUAAUAAAUUAGAUUUUGCCAGUUGAACCGCAUUUAUUUA